CCGCUGCUGUGUCCACCCAUAGCGCAGCUGGGCCCAGACGCGUUGCUGUCUCUCCCUGACCCCUCCGCCUUCGCGUCUCUCCUGCGCCGCCGGUCAAGGGCAGUCAAAGCCGUGCUGCUGGACCAGGCAGUGCUGAGUGGCAUCGGCAACUGGUUGGCGGACGAAGUGCUCUACCAGGCGCGCCUGCACCCUGAGACCCCCACUGCGCUGCUGUCAGACGCGCACUGCACCGCUCUGCACUCCGCCAUCCACCAGGUGGUCGCGGCGUCAGUGGAUGUGGACGCGGACAGCGAUCGCUUCCCACCGUCGUGGCUCUUCCACGUGCGAUGGGCCAAGAAGCCGGGCUCCAUUGCAGGGCACAAGCUCAGCUUCAUCACCGUGGCAGGUCGGACGUCAGCCAUAGUGCCUGCACUGCAAAAGCUGCCAGGCACAGGGAGAACUCGGAACAAUGGGAGAGGGAAAACCGGACGUCGCAGGAGAGGGGGUGGGCUGGAUGGAGACGCAGGGAAGAUAGAGGAGGAGGGGGAAAAGGAGGACGAGGAGGGGGACGAGGAGGAGGAGGAGACAGGGGAGGAUGAGGGGGAGCUGGAUAGUGGAGAAGACAAGCGUGGAGGGAAGAAGAUGAAGAGUAGUGCCAGGAAGGGGAGAGUUAACGGGGUGGUGAGUGACAACAAGAGUAGUAGGCGAGCGAUUGGGGGGCGUACGGGAGGGGGAGCAGUGGACCCUGCAGCGGCUAUGGAAGCAGUGGGCGGCACAGGAGGGAGAGCAGGCACAAGGGCAGCGCAGAGUUGCAUGGGUGGAUCAGCGUUACCAAAGCAGGAAGAAGACAAGGCGAAGCAGGGUGAGGAUGGGAGCGGGAAUGGGAGUGGGAAUGGUAAUGGGGUUGGGAAUGGGGAUGGGAUUGAGAGUGGGAGCGAGCGUGGGAGUGAGGAGGAUGUUGUUGAGGAGUUGGAGCCUGGCGUGUUGCAUGGUGGUGCACAGGUGCCGCUGGCGAGUGUCGCUGGACUGCCAAGGGCAGGAGUGCAAGCAGUGAGAGAGGAGGGGGGGGGAGGAAGAGGAGGAGGACGAGGAAGGGGGCGAGGACGAGGUAGAAGGAGUGGUGCCGAUUGUGAGAGUGGAGGCAUGGAGGGAACUGAGGGAGAGAAAGACCCUACAGAUUUUGGAACAAGGAGGCGUUCGGAAAGAAACAGAGGUCACAUGUACAGUGGCUCUAUCUCUGCCAACGAACCUGCUGCUGGCGACGUGCAAGCUGGGGAGGGAGCAGAGCCCGCAGCAGCAGUGGCAGCCGUUGCCAAAGCGAUGGCAGGAGUAGUUGACAGCAGAGGAAAGCGAGGCAGGCGUGCAGUCGUGCCUGUCUCAUCUGUGCUACCAGCUGCUGCCGCAACUAGCGUCGCAGCAGCAGGGGAAGUGGCAGCAGGGCCAUCUGUGGCAGAGGGAAGGGAGGAAGCGGAGGCUUUGAUAGCAAGGGGGGGAAGAAGUGGUGGUGUUCGGACUUCUGUGGGCACUACCAGGGUCACAAGACAAGCAGCCAAGCGCCAGUGCUGUUAACAAUGCCCAACGCAGCAGCGCAUAUGUGGUAAGCUGACGAUUUGUCGGGAGCUGAGGAUGUGCAUGUAGGUACCUGUGGAUGUUGCCUUGUUGCAGCUCUUACAGUCAAUCUCACCCUGAACUUCCCCUGCCCUACCCGGCUUUCACCCAAGAACCUAUGAUAUGUGUGUGUGUCCACUCAACUGCGUUAUCUUGCACUGGGUUUUGCUUCUCCAUCCUCAAGCUUGUUCUGCAUUGGCAGCUAUCACACAUGGUGGAUGGUGUCAACUUAUACAUAUCCUUAUACGUAGCAGCUAUAGGCUAGAUAGGAUUGUGUUCUUAGGAGAGUAUGUCUCCAACCCUAUAUCUUCCUUGUACCGUAUUCCCCCGCAUAUAAGACCCGCCGAAAUAGUCAACCCAUGGGUGGCAUAUGCGGGGGAUAGCUUAUGAUAUGGUGCAUUUUUUAGAGCACCCACGUUUUUUAUUACGAAUUUUACAUGACACC